AUACCGGAGCAACGCAUAUUUUGAAAAUACGUUCCACCCUCCACAAGAGUAGGUGAAAGUGCUCCAGCUGUUAGAAAAUCUAUAAAACUUAGGACACCACCAAGGUUUUGGCACGUUACCAAAAUCCACGUCGUUUCGUUUAAGUUAACAAUCCCACCCAACUAGUUACCACCCGAUUAAUGGGGCUUAUUUUAUUUGCAACAAUUUUUAAAUACUGCGUACCCAGAAGCCUUAGUUUUCCAUAAUUUGAACUGCAGUAGAAAACUUACAACACAUUCAACAUGACGGCGAAAGCAAAUAAAAUGGGGAGACUUAACUACAAAUUAGAGUACGAUUUCAAAACAACGAAUUUAACCGUGAGCAUUAUGCAAGCCGCCGACCUGGUCGCGAUGGACUCCGGGGGAACUUCUGACCCGUACGUGAAAGUGUUUUUCGCUGGGGAUAAGAAAAAGAAAUUCAAAACCAAAGUGCAUCCGAAAACCUUGAAUCCCACUUUCAAUGAGACAUUUGUCUUCAAAAACAUUCCUUUUGGGGAUAUGAUGGCAAAGACGUUGAUGAUUCAAUGCUUUGAUUUUGACAGAUUUGGGAAACAUGAUCAGAUUGGAGAGAUCCGUUUGCCAAUGUGUCAAAUUGAUUUGGCAGUUUGUUGGGAAGGAUGGAAGGAUUUGGACCCACCCGAUGAUACGGAGGAGUCACCUGGAGACGUGUGCUUUUCACUACGAUACGUCCCAACUUCUGGAAAAUUUACGGUGUGCAUUUUGGAAUGCAAAAACUUGAGAAAGAUGGACUUUGGUGGAUUAUCUGAUCCAUUUGUCAAAAUUAAUUUAUUCCUGAACGGCAAAAAGCUAACCAAGAAGAAGACUUCGGUGAAAAAGAACACACUAAAUCCGUAUUUUAAUGAAUCAUUUACCUUCGAACUCAAACCUGAACAGCUUCCCAACGCCCAUUUGAUCUUGACGUGCUUGGAUUACGACCGCAUCGGGACUUGUGACCCUAUCGGAAAGGUGGCAGUUGGACCCAAGCAGGAAGGGAAAGGGCUCCAACACUGGAUGGAGAUGGUCAACACUCUCAUAGAUCCAGACGAGUUUCUAAAAGCUUCCAAAGUCUCUUAACUUAAAAAAAGUCAUUCUAUUCUGGUCAUCAUCAAAAAUCGUCUCCAUCAAAAAUCGUUAUCAUUAAAAUUAUCUUCAUAGCUCACUACAGGUAUUCCACACUUCGGUCGGAUGUAUUUCUAUAUGUGUAUCCACCCAUUAUCAUCUCCAUCAACUUGCUCACAACAUUUUGUUCCAAGGAUUAGCAGUAGUGACUGAGUAGGAAAUAUUCUUAGCAAAUUAAUUAACAAUGGGUUGACACGUUCAUAUAAAUUGUAUAGUCGUUUUGCAAUUUCAAAGGUAAAAAUUUUUGAAUUAUGUGAAUUGCGGAUUUAGAUAACAAUGUAGCGAUCAAUGCAACAAAGCUUGAUAAUGUCCGAAUUAGGUAGAGGGUUCAAUUUAAUUC